CAAAUUAGGGUUUCUGGUGUCUGUGAGCCCCGUUCCAAGCUGUGCUCCGUCCACCCCACUCAAAACGCUAAAGAUUCCGGCCGCCUCCACUCAAUUUCUACCACCUCUGGUAACAUCCACUGAAAUCCAACCACCUCCGGUGACAUACACGUGUUUGUAGGUCACCUCCACUAAAAUGCAACCACUUCUAGUCAUCUCCGCUGAAAUCCGGUCACCUCUAUUAAAAUUCGGCCAUCUCCACUGUAUGAAUUUGGUUACAUUAUCAUGGCAAUCGAGGCAUGGUCAUACUCGAGGUAUUGGGCCUAAACCUUGUUCAAGUACAUCGCGGAUUGUCUCUGAUGAGGAGUCGCAAACUCCACAAUUUUCAAAGGCACUAUUCCAGAGUUGGUUCCAAAACCCGGAUUUUAGAAAUGAACUUCAAAACUUUUUGAGUUCGAGUUACCCGACAAAGUUUGGAAGCGAAGAUGUUGAUGGUGAAGAAGCGGAUGAUGGCAGUGAUGAUGACAUGGAUAUGAUUUAAAAUUAUAACGUUUUAGAUGUUAAGUAGUUUAUGACGUAUUGGUGACUUAAAACGAUUUCAGAUUGUGACGUUUAUGUAGUUUACGCGUAUAUAG